UGUACAACUGAAUGUCUAAAGUUGGUUGAGUUGGCUUUAACUAUGGUCUUGUUAAGUGUUUGCUGGAAAGACUCUCUCUAUGGGAGAGGUCUACCAUAAUGGCCAUUGGAUUAUAUGCAUCUUUACUCACUUUUAUUCUAUCUAUAAUGAUAUUAUUGGAUGAGGUGUCAUCGAAGAGAUUUAGGAGGCCGUCAUUUUGUGACAAUUCAAAGAGUGAAGAAUAUAUGUCAUUUCUUUGGAUGGUAAAGAAGGAUCCUCCAUCGUAUUUCUUCGGCACAAUUCACGUUCCGUAUACUCGAGUUUGGGAUUAUAUACCCGAAAACGUCAAAGUAGCUUUCGAAUCGAGCGAUACCAUAUACUUCGAACUAGAUUUGAUAGAUCCAAAAACUAUCUCGACUUUGUCCAAUUGUCAAAUGUUGCCUCAGGGAAAAAAUUUAGUUGAUGUGUUACCGGAAGAUCUUUAUAGAAGAUUGAAACGCCACUUGGAUUACGUGAAAGGAAUGUUACCUUCAUGGAUGACGGCGGAUCAAAGGGGAAGAGGUUUAUAUGCUGAUUAUCUCUUCAAUGCCAUCACGGGAAAUUGGGAAAGAAAGAGGCCCAUCUGGGUAAUGUUGAUGGUCAAUUCUUUAACAGAAAGUGAUGUCAAAUCGCGUGGCAUACCUGUUUUAGAUCUAUAUUUGGCUCAAGAAGCCGAGAGGAUGAAUAAAGGUACAGGAGCCGUUGAAAAAGUUGAAGAACAAUGCGUACCAUUAAAUGGUUUGGAUUUUACUCAGGUUUUAUUCGCUUUGAAUCAAACACUCUAUCAACAGGAAAGUAUAAGAUCUGGAGAUAUUCAAGCAUUCUAUACAACAGACGAUCUGAUUAAGCAUUAUAAUUGCGGAGAUCUUAACUCCGUGGUAUUCAGUCAAGAUUCGACUCAAGUGCCCCACUUAAACAGUACAACUAUGACUUCGCAGGAAGUUGCUGUCGCCAGGAAUAUUGACCGGUAUUUCCGAGAGGAACUCAUAUACAAGCGAAAUAAAAGAAUGGGAGAUCGCGUAGUCCAGUUGCUUAAUACCUAUCCGGAUACAAGCUACUUUUUUGCUUUUGGUGCAGGGCAUUUUUUAGGAAACGAUACAAUACUUGAUUUUGUUAAGGAAGCUGGUUAUCAAGUUGUACACGUUCCUUCAACGAGAAAGUUGCGUGGUAGUUGGAAAAAAUAUAAAAAGAACCGCUCCAGUACUCCAACUAAAGACGCCAAACAGAGGAUUAAACACGAUUCUGUUAUUCUACUUAAGGCGACUCGUUCUCCAUCUUUAAAUUCUCAUCCGAGAUUUAACGAUCUUUGGGUUCGUCUAGAUGAGUACAGCACAAGGUCUCCACGUAUAUCCCCAAAGAGUACAAAAUCGCAAUAUGCUCCAGAACAAUCAGUGUGGCAUGGAGGGGCGAAACAAAAUUUUCCAUCAUUGCAUCUAUUAAGUCUUUGUAUUACCCUAUUGCAUUCGAUGACUAUCAUAACAUGCAAUCUUCUCUUCACGUAAUUCAUAAAAAAAAAAUCUGUGUACAGUAUCGUUUCGUGAUUUUGAUAAGACUCAAUUCAGAUUUAUUCUCCUUUCUAGUGAUGUUUUGUGAACGUGCAAUAAAUGGAUAUGUCUAUUUUGACUGCUAUGCAGUUCAUUGUAAGAUAUUUUAUUUAUAAAAUACGCUAGUGAAAGAAACUAUUUAAUAAUGUAGAUAAUUAUGUAGUCGCUGUGUCAAUUUGAAAAUAUGUAUUUGUCCGACAUGCAAUGACCAUGAUUCUAAGAAUGAAUUUUAAUAAAUUAAUUCCUUCUUUGAAUAAUUUAUGUAAUUAUAAAUUAAUUUCUGAAUAUUUAUGAAAUAAA